GUUCGCGGCGUUGGUGUUUCUUUUCAUUUUCCGAAUGUGUUGGACCAAGCGGUUGUAGUUAUGUAGUUGUUCAUUUCCAGAAUACGGACGUAUGCCGGUUAAAUAUGUGUGUGCCCACUCCGCUGACUUGAUUCUUUGUUGUUGCUAAUUGCUAACGUAGCCAGGUGAAAACUGAAUGAGCAAACAAAUUACAAAUGCACGUUUUCUAUAGAGUUACUGUUGUUAUACGAUUUGUGACUAAACAACCCAAUUGAGGUAAAAAGUCUUGCCAUGCUUAAAAAUUAUUGUUACAAAUAACAGUUAAAUCAUUAAUCCCCUUCGAUGUUUACACACGUAUCAUAUGCAAGCUGAUGUGUCAGUAUGAAGGACAAAAAUCUUUGGGCAACCUUGAAGAAAGAUGUUGCCUCUUUGCUCGUUUCCUCUCAGUUUGGGCUGGACCCGGACAAACUCAGACGGGACUAUGCUUCCAUGUUGGGUCAUCCAUUGCCUCUGAAAGAACUUGGUUUCCGCAGUGUCAUGGACAUGGUGAAGGAGAUGCCUGAUGUGGUCUCAGUUAAUUUCAAUAGCGAUGGUGGCAUGAUAUUAAAAGCUGUUGGCUGUGACGUAGCGAAAAAUAUUGUGGAUCUUGUUUCCAAGCAGAAGAAAAAAAAGAAGAAAAAAGGCAACUACUUUGCCCCCUGUUUCUCCCACUUCUCACGUCCUGUACCCAGGCGACAUAACCCACCAGCGGUACUCCCUGCUCAUCUCAGAGCACAAAUUCAUGUUCUUCUGUCAAAAGGUCCUAUUCUCCUGUCUCAACUGGAGGGCUAUUAUCACCAUUGCUUCGGCUACAGGCUUUAUGUCCAGAACUUUGGCUUUUUCUCUAUAGUAGAGAUGCUGGUCUGUGCAUCAGAUUUUGUUACCGUUCAACAGUCUCGGCUUGGUACGGUGCUGCACCUAAGGAGACCCAUGCCACUCGCCUCAGCGCACACAUUUGCCAAGGAGACCAGUGCUGGACUAAAGUCAGGAGUAUCAAGUGGCCAACCAGAUGUCCAGGUGAAACAGUGCCUAACCAGCUCGGUUACUGAAAACACCACCUCUGACUCCGUCACGAAAGAAUCAACCAAUGAGCCAGAAGCUGAUGUCAAGAGCCACAUAGAACAUCAAAGAGCUCCUGUCUUUCAUGAACAAGUGCUAAAGUUAGAGGGAGAGUUUCGCCAGCAGAUCUUACAGAAUGGACUUGCUGGCUGUAUCAGUCAAGAACUGAAGGACAAGUUAAAAAAGGUUGUUGGACAGAACAGAGAUGGUAUAGCACUUCACAAUAUACCUGAAGAGUACAAGCGAGUUUUCUGUGAAGCGCUCCCUCUUACUCACAGUGGCUUCCUCAGUAUCACUGAACUGAUCAGUGCCAUGGAUGAUACGUUUCACCUGAAGCCCGAUCAGAACAACGAACACCACUGGAUUGUGACGAACAAAGAGCUGGACCAGUGCCAGCAGAGCUAUUACCUAAAUUCUGAGGAGUCACUUUGGGAGCAAGAACAGCAGGAUGAAAAUGUCACAAAUGUUGAAGAUGAUAUGGCCAUAACUAAUUUUAAUUGUAAGAAUCAGGAAAAGGAAUUUCUGCAGCCUGAGAUUGGCCUGGUCAUUCAGGUUUGCAGCAACCCUGAUGUCCCCCUUGAUGCCAUACAAAGCCAACACUUCAAGCCACCAACCAAACAUGGAGUUCGGGAUUUGGUAGGAGUGCUGGUGGAGAAUGUGGAGUCACCAGGCAACUUCUACAUCCGAUACAGUGAGGGUGAGGAGAGUAAAGCCUUGGAGGAAAUGAUGAUAGAGAUGAGACGGUGUUACAAGUCCCCUGAUGUUUCUGAACGUUACAGCCUACCUGAGCCAUUUGUGAGACAAGGUCAAGUCUGUUGCGUGUCACCCAAAGGAAUGUGGUUCUACAGAGUGGUCUUAAGUAAAAUCAUCAGCCUCACCCAGGUCAAAGUGUACUUUGUAGACUUUGGUGACACAGCAACCGUUCGCAUAGCCAGCUUAAAGUUUCUCAAGUCUUGUUUUGGGAUUCUUCCAGCACAAGCAGUCCCAGCAACUCUUGCUGGAAUUAAACCCAAAGAUGGAACCUGGUCCUCUGAAGCCACCAGGUGUUUUCAGGAAAUGUGCUCCAAUCGAAUUUUAGUUGGCGCUCUGAACUGUUACAUUGACGACUGGCUCCAGCUCUACCUGUGUGACACACACGCUGAUGAUGACCUUUACAUCCACUCGGCCCUGCUCAUCCAGGGUCAUGGCGUACCAAGCCUUUGUUCUGUCAGUGCUAAGGUCUGUCUACCAUCCUCUCCAGUGAGUCUAUACAUGGGGGAUGGAAAACUUCAACUCCCAAAUGUGGAAUGGAAAAGAACACCUUCCAAACCUGUUGACCCUCUGAAGCAGAUGCCGUUUACUGGCCUCAAGAUCGAUGACGAGGAGCUUCCACCACUGGAGUUUGUUGGAUCCGUCAUACAGGAUGAAAAUCCAUUCCAGGCUCUUAUCGCAGACCAGACAACAUUUGACUCUCAUUCAACAAUCCUAAGCUGUCCUUCCUCCAGGCCUUCGUCCCUCCCCACCCCUCCAGAUUCAAUAGAGAGGACUCAGGCUUCCACGAAAUGUGAAGAGAGUCUUGAGAUGUAGAAAACAUUUCAGGAAGCACUUCGCAUUCCAAAUCAAGAAUCAUCGAGACAACGAUCCUAAAAAUACUCAGUAGUAGUCAGUGGUACUUAAGUUACUUCAGUCUGAGCGUAGAAUGUUGUCUGUUCUUAAUUUGAACAAAUCCCCAAAGGUUUUUUUUUUUUUUAGUAUAUUUCUCCUAUGUUCAAUGGGAAUGUUCGUACUGAAGGCAGUUU